AUGCCGGUAAUUGCAGCUAUCCUGCGCCAUGCCAUGCUUGCUAUAACCACACGGCAACUCCCAGCUACUAUCACAGACCACCCUACCCUCACUUUUUUCCAGCCACCACCGUUUCAUGGUUGGGGACCUUAUCCUGGGAAUGCCGAACCCUUUGCUAGUCAUUAUGAACUGCCCUACCCACCAGCUUAUCCAUUGGAACGACCAUAUGUGGUUCGACAACACCAUUGCUGUGGAUGCCCUAAUCAUGUAUGUGACCCAAAGAACGAAAAGGGUGUCAAGAUAGAAGAGCAGGUGCCGCUAGAUUCAGACAAGAAGGGUGAGAAUUAUUCAGAGUCCUUGGUGCCAGCGAACUGGAGAAACUUUCCAUAUCCGAUUGUUUGGAUCCCACCUGAAAAUAACAGGAACAAAGAGCAGGGAAUCGAUGCCAAACCAAGGAUCAUAGAUCUUGAUACUGCUUCCCAGGAAAAGAAACCAGCUCUUUCAUCAUUGCAGAAGGAACCUGGGUGGAAUAGUUGGUUUCCUCUCUUCAUGGGUGACCAUGACCAUUCAAAACCAGGAGGAGAAAAGAAAAGAUCUCAUAAUCAGCAUGUGCGCGACAACGAAAGUAGCUAUCCAUUUCCUGUCAUCUGGAUUCCUUCUUUUGAUAAACAAGAGGAGGCAGGGACUGAGAAGGACCAACAAGCCAAUACACGGGAAUCUCCUGAAUCCAAUUUCACGGUAUUCCCGAUGCAGAUUCAUAACAAUCAUAAUAAAACUUCAGAUGGAGGACCGCAAGAAAACUAUGAAAAUGAUGUUGGGUCACACCAUCAGGAUGCGGAGAAGAACAUUCAUGUGAAAGACAUAGAACCUUGUGUGGGCAAGAAUAACUCGCGAGACUCUCAAGAAGCAGCAGCAAAUGCCUUGAAAAAAAGAGCUAUAGAUACCCUCGUUGAUAGAGUCCCUGGAUCUGAUGCCAGAAAGUCAUCAUCAUCCCCGACGAAAACAUCAAAGUUGCCCCCGGUUUGUCUGAGAGUUGAUCCCUCGCCGAGGAAGAAAGGCCGCAAUGGUAGUUCAAGAUCUCCUAGUCCUCCAAGUUUUGAAACGAAAUCUCACAGUUCAAGUGAUGCAUCUUCUACAGACAAAAAGAUUAAAGAGAACAAAGAAAACAGUGAGAAGGAUGAGGUUUGUGAAAUUAAAGAGGACGAGGGAGCUACAAUUGCAGGUGAUGAAAGCACUGAAAAAAGAAGUAAGGAGUUGGAAGCCUCAAGAACUCUAUCUGAUGAAGAAGCUGCUAUGCGCAUUCAGUCUGCCUAUCGCGGUUUCCAAGUGAGGAAAUGGGAGACCCUGAAGAAACUAAAGCAAAUGGCGAAGGUUCGUGAUGAGGUGACUAAGGUAAGGAAGAGUAUCGAGCAGCUAGCAUCUUCAUAUGACACUUUGCCUGAUCAAGGGAAACUUGACAGGCAGAAAGUACUCAUUGGAGAAUCUAUAAUGAAUCUUCUUCUACGACUUGAUACAAUUCAGGGAUUACAUCCUAAUUUGCGAGAUAUUCGAAAAUCAUUGGCGAGGGAGCUAGUUACUUUGCAGGAGAAACUCGAUUCUUUGACAAUGAAGUGCCUGGAGGAAUCUGUUGAUAACUCUGAUACUGCAAGGAAUGAUGAAUGUACGGUCAGCAAGAAAGAACACCAUGAGGAAGCAAAGAGACAGUUUGAAGAGAGCCUUUCAGUUAGUGAGAACAUUGGUGGUCAAAUUAAAUCAGACGAACUGCAACUUCUCAAGGCUGGAAAUUCGGUAUCUGAACCCUCAGAGAAUGCAUGCUCGGGUAUCAUUGAUGGUCAGACACAAGUGGCAGUCAAGGAUUUGAAAAGGGAAACAUCAGCAUCCUUGGAUGUGGAGUCGCAACAAGCUGCCUUGCAGCAUUGUCCUGUACAGGACUUCAGACAUCUAAACGAAAUUGAUGAUGGCGAACCAUCUGUGGUCAGCAUUAUAAAGCCUAUAGAGACUAAUCCGGAGCAUCCUUCUGGAGGAAAGUAUGAGAGACUAGAGGUGGCCACGGUGGAGAAAAGUAUCUAUGAUUCUAUGGUUGAAGAUGAGAUUAGGCUGGCAUCCGAUUCAGGAGAUGGAAGCAGCACAAAGAUGGAGUUUAUGAUCAAAGAUCAAGGAACUUCUGCUCUGCAACCAUUGCCACAAGCAGAUGAGGAGAAAGUAGCCAUGGCGUCGGACAGUGCGGGAGUGGAGCCGGAUACUUUUACUGGCCCAACCCUGUGCACUGGAGAUGAUGACUUGAUAUCUCAUGGAAGAGAACCUGAAGUGGAAGCAACAAGCAAGAUUCAUAUUGCAGAAGAAGAUGUUGCGGAUUCUGUGCUUAGCAUGCAUGAUAAGUUUGGCAAAGUAGAUUCUGUGCUCAAUGGACAUGAUAAGUGCGAUGAAGGUAGCGAUGCUGUUACUUCUCCAGAAAAUUUUGGCAAACUGACCAUUGAGACGCAGCAGCUGGAAGUGCCCAAAGCAUUGACUUCAGAUUCGGAAGUAGUUGACAAUGUGCAUCUAGAGCAACUGGUUGCACCAGGACCAGAUGAUUUGUCACCUGCUGGCUCUCUAAAGAGUGAGGAUUCUUCUCAGGAUGCAUCCAUUGGAGCGGAACGUGGCCAGAGACAUGAAGAGGGUAUCAGCGAUGAAACUCUUUUGCCUCCUCGACCAGAAGAAGCUCAGCUGGGGAUGUUAGGACCCGCAGUGGAAACUUGUCGAGAUGAAAAUGAAGAUAAGGCCAUUAUCUCUGCUGAUCUUAGCUGCAAUUGCUCUGAGAUGUUGAACGUUGAAGCUCUAGCUUGGGAGAAGGAAGAAUUGAUUGCAGCAAAUGUGAAGGAUAUCGACCUGACAACACAUGUUGGAGAGCAAGUGGAUGAACAAGGAGAUAAUCGCGAGGAGGAGGUGGUUGUUGCUCUGGAAAAAUCUAUCUCAGAUGAAGGUGCUGAGCAAGUCGGGCAGUCACUGCUUAGUCUCGAUGAUUUAAAUGGGAGCAGGCCUGUGGAGGAGAUGGACGGCAAUCAGAAACUAAUCAAAGAGAACGAGAAACUGAGGGAGAUGAUGGAGAAACUGAUGGAAGCGGGGAAAGAGCAGUUGAACUUGAUAUGUGAAUUGACUGGAAGAGGGAAGGAUUUGGAGAGGAGACUGGCCAGGAAUAAGAGGGUGAAAUCAAGGUGCAGAACGGUGGCGGCAAAGCCUCGAUCUGUGCAUGCCAAGUCGUGCGCGGAUUCUAUGAAUUGAGAGGGUGGCUGAUUAAUGUCUCAUAGGCAAGUCUUCACAUAAGUUUCUGGGAGAUGAGAUAGUUUGGUGAUGCGGGUGUACGUUGGAACAAAUACAAGUUUAUGUCAUGGAAUAACUGUCUGUUGUAAAGCUUGUCCUCUCUGUUACUGGCUUAUUGUUUCAAUUAG